GUAUGAAGACCCCCACGAGUUUAUUCUUUACUGCUAUCGAAAUGUUCAGGCAAAUUGCCCCCCUAAGCAGAUGAAACCAAAUAUUGAUAUUGCUCAAGAACGCGCAGAAGAGUAUGUUCAGAAUUUCCUACCAAUAUCAACACCAAGCAAGGGUUAAACACCGUUUACAAUUACUAACACGAAACAGUUUCAUUGCCAAAUAUCAUAAACCAUAUUUGAAGGGCACCCGGAAGUUCAUUGAGAGUCUCGAUACUGUAAAGGCAAAAGAUAUACAGGAAACCCUUGACGAGGCUUGGAAAAGGUGGGAGUGCGAUAAAAACACCAGGGCUCGUGAAUUCAAGCAGGCUAUAAAUAGCAUACCCAAUCCAGAGAAAAUUAAAAGGGUAGUUUGUUUAGGACUGGGUCGUAUACUUAUGCCAAACUCUCGCCCCAAUCAACAGUCUUCGGAGCAAAAUUCCGGUAAUACACAAAGGCAGUGUAAUAUCAUCAUGCCGCGAAAUAUCGCCCAGCAUAUUGCCGCCAUCUCACUAGUUAAGCUAUUAAGGAAGAAGACGGGCAAGGAGGAUAUUCCACUCUAUACUGCAGAUCCCGAAUAUGGAGACGAGCAUAAGAAAGCUCUCGAGACGUUACCGCCACAUCUUUGUAAGUUUACCGUUCUCGAUCCAAGAUACGGUAUACACCAGCAAUUUACGUAUAUCGAUGACAACACUCUGGUUUUCGAUAUGACUGGACCGCCCCAAUGUCCCACGAUGAGAAUAAUCCAAGAGUUUGCUCGGCCAGUCGCGAUUAUCACCGGGGAGAUUCCUCGCAGAGGGAAGUUUGAGGAUAGGCUCUGGUUUGAGGUCCAUGCAGAGAACGGCAAGGAAAUACAGAUACCGGGUUGCGCGUAAGUCACAUCAAUUCUAGAUCUUUCUUCGUAUUGCUGACGAGUACAGCCAUUUGCCGCUCCCCGAUGGCUGUUUUCGAUUCGGCGGACUGUGCCCGAGGCGGGUCAGAGACAUGAUCGUCUACGAAUACAAGCAAGAGAACAAGUUUCCCGCGGAAAAGGAGGCAUCCGCGCGGAAAUGGGGUGCGUGCGAUUUGGUGGACUACGGCGAUCGGGAUAAACUGGACGCCCAAGUCGGCGCGUACUGGCAUACCGAUACUCGUUUAUACGUGCGUAGAUCUCGUCCAUCCUACUUUCUGAGAUUUCUCGAAUGGUGUAGCGGCCUGCUACUGACAUACUGAGGUCCACAGUAGACUACAACGUCGCUCUCGUCUGAAGACACUUUAUUAGGUGGUUUAGCCAGUUUAUUCAGUUAAUAUUAUUACCGCGUUGCUUUUAGUUCUGACAUUUAUAGAGACUGCGAGACCAUAACAGGCAAGCUAUUUUCCAAGGAUGGUUCAAGAUGGAAGAUGAUGAGAAAGGGGUGAUCGACAGAGUACAAAUUCUAGGAUCGUCUGCUAUCCAGACAGAUAAGUUCGAAUUGUUUCCAUGCGUCUACAGCUUGAACUAUGUUUAGAUGGAAAUAUUGAUACGACAAAUUGAU